CGCCGAGGUGGGGAAGAUGGCGGCGGUUGGCGCUAGCGUCCCUCAGCAGCAGCAACAGCAGCAGCAACAACAGCAACAGUACACGGACGCCUGGUACCUGGCGCUGCUGGGCUUUGCCGAGAGCUUCCGCACCUCCAGCCCGCCUAAGAUCAAGCUGUGCGUGCACUGCCUGCAGGCCGUCUUCCAGUUCAAACCGGCGCAGCGUAUCGAGGCCCGGACCCACCUGCAGCUCGGCAGCGUCCUCUAUCACCACACCAAGAACACCGAGCAGGCCCGCUCCCAUCUGGAGAAGGCGUGGAUGAUAUCCCAACAAAUUCCACAGUUUGAAGAUGUCAAAUUUGAAGCAGCCAGUCUUCUCUCAGAGUUAUAUUGUCAACAGAACCUGGUCGAUUCAGCAAAGCCUCUUUUACGGAAAGCAAUACAGAUUUCACAACAAACACCGUACUGGCACUGUCGAUUGCUCUUUCAGCUUGCACAACUACAUACUUUAGAAAAGGAUUUGGUUUCAGCGUGUGACCUCCUUGGUGUUGGAGCUGAGUACGCACGAGUUGUGGGAUCAGAGUAUACCAGAGCACUCUUCCUCUUAAGUAAAGGGAUGUUACUGCUAAUGGAACGGAAGUUGCAGGAAGUUCACCCUCUCUUAACCCUGUGCGGACAGAUAGUAGAAAACUGGCAGGGGAACCCCAUCCAGAAGGAGUCUCUACGGGUCUUCUUCCUGGUGCUACAAGUCACACACUACCUAGAUGCUGGACAGGUAAAAAGCGUGAAGCCCUGCUUGAAACAGUUGCAGCAGUGCAUCCAAACCAUCUCCACUCUACACGACGAUGAGAUCCUACCCACCAACCCUGCCGACCUCUUUCACUGGCUGCCCAAAGAGCACAUGUGUGUGCUGGUGUAUCUGGUGACAGUAAUGCACUCUAUGCAGGCCGGGUAUCUUGAGAAGGCCCAGAAGUACACAGAUAAAGCACUCAUGCAAUUAGAAAAACUGAAAAUGCUCGACUGCAGCCCAAUCCUCUCCUCCUUUCAAGUCAUGUUGUUGGAGCACAUCAUCAUGUGCCGGCUAGUGACAGGCCACAAAGCUACAGCUCUGCAAGAGAUUUCUCAGGCCUGCCAACUGUGCCAGCAGUCUCCCAGGUUAUUUUCAAACCACGCUGCCCAGCUUCAUACGUUACUGGGAUUAUAUUGUAUUUCCGUAAACUGUAUGGACAACGCAGAAGCACAGUUCACAACUGCUCUUCGGCUGACGACUCACCAAGAGCUGUGGGCCUUCAUAGUUACAAACCUGGCGAGUGUGUACAUCAGGGAAGGCAAUCGACAUCAGGAGCUCUACAGUCUACUGGAAAGAAUAAACCCAGAUCACAACUUCCCAGUCAGUUCUCACUGUCUCCGAGCAGCUGCGUUCUAUAUCCGGGGUCUCCUCUCCUUCUUUCAGGGAAGAUACAAUGAGGCAAAGCGAUUUCUACGGGAGACUCUGAAAAUGUCUAAUGCAGAAGAUUUGAAUCGGUUAACAGCAUGUUCUUUGGUGUUACUGGGUCACAUAUUUUAUGCUUUAGGAAACCACAGAGAAAGUAAUAACAUGGUGGUACCGGCCAUGCAGCUUGCCAGCAAGAUCCCUGACAUGUCAGUCCAACUGUGGUCUUCAGCUUUGCUACGAGAUCUCAACAAAGCGUGUGGGAACACAAUCGAGGCCCACGAAGCAGCCCAGAUGCACCAGAAUUUCUCACAACAACUCCUCAAUGACCACAUCGAAGCCUGCAGUCUACCUGAGCACAACCUGAUCAAUUGGACAGACGGCCCUCUUCCUGUGCAGUUUCAAGCUCAGAACGGACCCACCACAAGCCUGGCCAGCCUUCUCUGAGCACAAAUGCAGCCGAAACCAACGGCACGGUCAAGCGGGGAUUUUAGCCUUCGUCCCAGUUGUUGCCGGGCAAACCACAGACAAACCUCUGACCUCCCGAAGCACUGUGGUAUCCUCCACUAUUUUUAAUCUACUUUCCUCUGGGAGUCCAUCCAAAGGCGCCAGUUCUGUGUGGUUGUCGAAGGCUUUGAUGCAAAGGAGUGAUGUGGUUGGAAUUGUCAUCUCUGUGUUACGUGAGAAUAUUUCCUUCCCGCCCCAACAACAACAAAAGCCAUCUAGAACGUACUGUUUUGAAUCUCCUCAGCUGGCCUGCUAUUUAGUAUUGAGCAGUUAAAUCAAAACAGCCCCUCUAUCCCCCGCA